AUGGGGAUUAGACCUACUUGGACCCUUUCCCAAGUGCCUAGACAAGUAAAAUACCUUAUAGUGGGAGUGGACUACAUUACAAAGUGGAUCGAAGCAGAACCAUUAGCCACCAUCACAGCUCAGAGAAGUCGGAAGUUCCUCUACAAGAAUAUCAUUACCAGGUAUGGCAUUCCCAAUUCCAUUACCACAGAUAAUGGCACUCAAUUCACCGACUUUACAUUCAGAAAUCUAGUAGCCAGUAUGAAAAUCAAGCAUCAGUUCACCUCGGUUGGGCACCCACAAGCAAAUGGGCAAGCAGAAGCCGCCAAUAAAAUCAUACUAUAUGGAUUAAAGAAAAGAUUACAAGAUACAAAAGGGGGCUUGGGCCGAGGAGCUCCCUCAAGUGUUAUGGGCAUAUCGGACUACACCCCAGUCUGCCACGAGAGAAACACCCUUCCGACUUACUUAUGGCAUAGAAGCCAUGGUACCAGUUGA